CUUUUUCUAUCUACACAUAACUCCAAAAAUAUCAGUUUCUCUCUUCAAAAAACCACAUAAAAAGGGUAGAAAAUCUCAAUCUUUUAGCUCAAAAAUAUCUUCUGUGAGUCUCUUCUGUUUGCAUCAAUGGAUGAGAAAGGAAGAAGCUUCAAGAACAACAACAACAUGGAAGACGAAAUGGACCUGAAGAGAGGUCCGUGGACCGCUGAAGAAGAUUUUAAGCUCGCAAAUCACAUUGCUACUCAUGGAGAAGGUCGAUGGAACUCUCUUUCUCGUUGUGCAGGACUCCAACGCACUGGUAAAAGCUGUAGACUACGGUGGUUAAACUAUCUCCGCCCUGACGUCCGCCGUGGAAACAUUACCCUAGAAGAGCAACUCUUGAUCCUCGAACUUCAUUCCCGUUGGGGCAAUCGAUGGUCAAAAAUCGCACAAUAUCUACCGGGAAGAACAGACAAUGAAAUCAAGAACUACUGGAGAACGCGAGUGCAAAAACAUGCAAAGCAGCUUAAAUGCGACGUCAACAGCCAACAAUUCAAAGACACAAUGAAGUAUAUAUGGAUGCCUCGGCUUGUUGAGAGGAUCCAAUCCGCGUCGGUCUCAACCACCACGUCAUCUUGCAUCACAACCUCUAACAAUCAAUCCAUGACAUAUGAUCACAACAGCAUGGGACAACAACUUGGUGUAGUGAACAGCAACGACUAUAUCACGCCGGAAAACUCCAGCUUGACAGUUUCUCCGGUGUCAGACUUGACGGAGUACCACAGCGCUCCAAAACCGAACCCGGAAUACUAUUCGGGUCAAGUGGGGGAUAGUUAUUAUCCGGAUCAGAAUUUGGUGGGUCCAGAAAUGUUGCCGGAUAAUUAUUUCGAUUAUUCUGGACUACUAGGCGAAGAUUUAACAGCUACGCAUGAGAGUAACCUCGACUGGUUUGAAAAUAUUGAUGGAGUUGGUUCUUCUUCUUCAGACAGUUUAUGGAACAUUGGAGAAAAAGAUGAAGACUUCUGGUUUUUACAGCAGCAAGAACAGUUCAACAACUACGACAACUUCUGAAUACAGAUUAAAAACGAACUAGAGUCGUUAAGUGUGUGAAAGGCAUUACAAGGGAGUAAUUAAUGAUGAAUUAAUGAUAAGGACUGCGUUUAAGGUAUUUAAUUAUGAUAUAUGAUCACCUUUUUAUUUGAAGCUUGAUCAUGUAUCAUGGUGUUUUAACAAAUCGCUUAAUUUGAUUUGUUUUUUU